AUGAGAUUAACAAUUUUAAUUAUAUUCAUUAAGUUAGUGUUCUUUAAGAUAAGUUGCGAAAAGGAUUAAAAUAUUAAAAACAAUACUUAGUAGCAUCCUUAAGGUUCAGUUUAAACAAAAUAUAAUGUAGAUUUUACUAAGAGUGAGCCAAUUAGAGUGACAUUUAACUACGCUUCAAUCAUCUCAAACACAACUAUAACAGAGCAAUCCAAAACAUUGGUUAUGAAUGCUAUAGACUCCUCAGGUUUGCUUAUCUAAAAUUUAUUGAAGGUUAAUCCAAGACCUAACCCUAUUCCAAUAAGAACAAAAUAUCACAUGUGCUUUACGAAAGAAGAAAACCCUUCACUCCAGGAUCAAAUUCCUAACACUGAUUUAUUCGUGUUUAUUAGCUGGUUCGAAGAUAACUCAACUACAAUUGCUAAAUCAGCUGCUUGCUUUGUUGAUAGAUAUCCUAUAAUAGGAAGAAUAUUUGUAAACCAUGCAAAAAUAAAUGGUGAAAACAAGAGAUAUUCAAAUGAUUAAUUAAUUAAAAUUUUUGUUCAUGAAUUAACUCAUAUUCUUGCAUUUAGUAGACCUAUUUAUGUAGACUGGAUUAAUCCUCAAACAAAUGAAGCAUAUGGAUAAAUUAUCAAUAAAAAGCUAGAAGGUUCUAUUAUCGAUGAUUAGAAGUUUACAGUACUGACAACUCCAAAGAGCAAAGAAUAAUUUUAAUCACAUUAUAAAUGUGUUAAUAUCCUUGGACUUCCUUUGGAAUAGCUAAUGAGUAAAUCGCAUUUCCCAUAACAAGUUAUGAGAGAUGAAUUGAUGGAUAGCAAUAUUGUCAAAUUAGCAGCAGAUAUGACGCAAUUUACUAUGGCUAUUUACAAAGAUUCUAAUUUUUACACAGAAGUCAAUGAAAAUUUAUUCACUUAUUCUGGAUGGGGGUAUCAUUAAGGAUGCUAAUAUUUUACCUAUGUUAACAAUACAUAGACAAAGAUAUACUAGCAAUUAAACCUUAUGACUCCUAAAUUAAUGGAUUCUAAAUGCGAUCCAGCUGGAUAUGGCAAGUAUAAUACAUUGUAUUUACUUAAUGAGAAAAAUGGUUUUCAAUAAAGUACUUAAACUUAUUGCUCAUUGUUUUAAAAACAAGAUUUAAAUCAUUCUGGAGAAGAGUUUUCUAAUUAAUCAAAGUGUUACUCUUCUUCUCUAUAAGUAAAUACAGUCUUUUCUCCAUUCUUUUCUGAAUACAAAAAUACAAGAUGCUUUAAAACAACUUGCUUAGAUAGUGGUUCUCUUCUCUUAAGAACUUCAUUUAAUUAAACUUUCUAGUGCGAUUUUCCUGGUUAAAAGAUAGAUGUAUAAGAUGGAUAAAUUUAGGGUUACAUAGUAUGCCCAGAUAAUUUCUAAAUAUACUGUGGAAAAAAGCUCUUUUGCAAAGAUGGAUGCAGUUUGAAUGGAUUUUGCUUGAAGGGAAUAUGUGUAUGCAAAUAAGGAUUUGGAGGAUUGGAUUGCAGCACUAAAUUAUAAUAAAAUUAAAUGAUUUUUUAAAAGAAUAUAAUUAAUGAGUGUCCUGAAAAUACUUACUUAAAUCCAAACAAUGUUUGCAUGAGUGAUUGUGUAGAAGGCUAUUAUAAAAGUGGGAAAACAUGUUAAAAAUGCUCCUCUAAAUGCAGUGAAUGUAAAGGUCCUCCUGCUAAUUAAUGUACAAAAUGCAAUAUGCAAUAUCACUUAUAGAAUGGUGACUGCAUAGAAAAAAAAAUAUGUUCAUAAAAAAUAUAAGAAUAAGAGAAUUGCUAGGUAUGUGCUGGAACUAUUUGCACAUCUUGCUUAUCUGGUUAUUUAUUACAAGAUAGAGUUUGUAAAAAAUGUAGCUCAAAUUGCCUUGAAUGCUUUAAAGAAACAGACUUUUGUUUGUCAUGCAAAAGUGGGUUUGUUCUAAGUCAAAACAAAUGUAUAUAACCAAUAAAAGGGUGUAAAUAGCAAGAUUAAAAUAAUCCUUCUGCGUGUUUGCAAUGCUAGGAUGACUAUUUUUUAGAUUCAAAUAACACAUGCGUUUUUUGUGGAGAAGGAUAUUUUUAUGAUUAUUAAAAGUAAGCAUGCUAAAAAUGCAGUAGUAAUUGCAAGAGCUGCAUUAAUUACCCAGAUACUUGUACCUCCUGCUUUAGCAAUUAUUUUUUUAAUUUGAAAAAUAAUGCUUGCAUUAUGCUCUAAAAUCCUCAAAGUUCAAGAAUUCUUAAUUCUAUAAACUCAAGCCCUUUCAUAUUAGGGGAGAAUGACUUCUUCUAUUAUUAGGAAUAAGCUUCAGAAAAUUGUCAUUUUUCAUGUUAGGUCUGCUCUUCAUCUGAAUAUGAUUCUUGUCUUGUAUGCAGUUCAAACAGAAUAUUUACUUAGUCAAUAGUUGACUACAAAAAUUUUUGUAUCUGCCCUCCAGGAUCUUCAGAUUACGGUGUUUUUGGUUGCUUUAAUGAUUAUGUUUUGGAUUAAGUUAAAUUUUUUUUCAUUACUAUAGCUGUUAUUUCAAUUGCUUAGUUUGCCUUUAGCGCAUUUUUUGAAAGAGGUAGUUUGAUCUCCUUAUUUACUUUAAUUGAUUACUUUUAGAGUAUCAGCUUUUUAAGAUUUAUUAACAAAAUGUAUUACGCUAAUUUAGAUGAUCUUUUUAGAAUCUUGCAAUUUACAAACAUUUUUAAUAUUCAAGUUCUGUUUGAAAGAAAUUAAAAGUAUGAUGAUUUUAGUGUUAAUUCUAAAUUCCUGUUUGAAAAGAAAACAUUUAGAUUUUUUUAGGAUUCUCUGAUUCUAGUAGUUAUUAUGUCUGCUAUUUAAUUAACUUAUUUGAUAUUAUCAGUUAAAAUAUUUAAGUAAUAAAAAACCAUGAAAGACAUAGCAUAAAAAUGUAUGAUUAUCUUAAAUAUAUUUGCUGUUUAAGAGAUGGCUUUAAAUGUUAUAUUAAAUAUACAAUUCUCUUCAGUAGAUUAGAUCUCCAUUAUUUAGAUUGUAUUUGGAAUCAUCUUUAUGAAUUUAGUUAUAAUAUAAACUGUUCAUUUCAUAACUUUAUUAUCAAAGUAGAACAAAUAUUUAAGUAAAGAUAACAAAUGCGAUGUGAGUAUUUAAAUUCCAAAAAUCCCUGCAUCUGUGUUAAGUUUGCACAUAGAACCUGAACAAAACAAAGAUACACAAAUGAAGCAAAACUCUAUAAAAGAUAUUAAUUAAAAUGGAAGUAAUCAGUAAGUUGCUUCAUCAGACCAAGAAAUUAAUGAAUAAAAUUAAUAAAAUGUAAUAAAAUAAUAAAAUUAUCAAAAAAAUCCUAAAAAAAGUUUUAUAGAUAAAUUUUAACUAUAAUAUUUGAUAAGCUAUUUUGCUUUUAUUUUAUUAAAGAUUGCUUAUCCUAUUCUAUUAACUUUACAAUCUAAAAGUUCUGAUCAAGUAUUAAUAUACAUUGGAGGAAUUUUUAUUUUUAAACUGAUUGUUGCUUGUAUAAUACUUAGGAAAUACAAUAAAAAGACUUUAUGCUAUAUCAUUUUUAAGCAAAUAUAAUUCUUGGCUAUAAUAGGUCUCUAUAUAACUUUGAUCAAAUUGGAUAAUAAGAUAACUUCAACUGUUCUAUCAGCUUCUAUAGGAGUUUUGACAUAUAUAGAUUCUGCCAUUUAUAUAAUUUCAAAAUUAAUUACUACAAUAUAUAAAAGUACUAAACACUUCAUAAAGCAUAAAAAAAUGAUGCUUAAUUAGAAAUGA